UACAGACAGAGGUUCGACAAGUUGUAUCGGCCUCGAAGAUUGGAUUGAAGCUACAGCAUAAAGAUGAUCACUCCACUGGACAUUCUAUCUAUUGAGACUUGGGUUUUAAUCAUCAGCUUAUUGGCGUUAGGCAGAUAUUAUAUUCAUCGGAAAUGGCAAUACCUGAAAAAUAUUAAUAUUCCACACGAGCCUUGUUCAAUUCGAAAGUUUGGACACUUAUCUUAUACUUUCGGAGCGGAGACAGCGUUGCAGUAUGAUAACAAAUGCAAAGAAAAGUUUGGAAAUGUGUACGGGACUUACUUCGGAAUUACUCCAACAGUUCACAUUCAUGAUCCUGACAUACUGAGACAAAUUUUCAUAAAAGAGUUUUCAAAUUUUGCAAUGCGCCAGCGUCGUUUCUUGAAGAUUAGCGGCGAAGAGUUGAACAACAGUCUAACCAAUGUUGAUCUAAAACAGUGGAAACGUAUGAGAAACACACUGACACCAACUUUUUCAUCCGCAAAGUUGAGGCAAAUGACGACGAUAAUGGAAUGGUGUGCUGAUAACGCUAUUGUAGCAUUAAAUAAGAAGGUUGAGAACAAUGGUGGAGUUUUCAAUUCAAAAGAUUUCUUCUCUCGAAUUUCGUUGGAUGUGGUCUGCUCUGCAGCUUUUAGUACCAAAGUAGAUUCAAUUAACGACACUGAAAAUGAGCCCGAAAUUGUUAAGAAGGCUAAAGAGCUCAUGAAAGGUGGAGGAGUUUUGAGCAAGUUGUUUGUUUUACUUAUAGUGUUGUCUGAGUUUCUCGAGAAGGUCCUCGAAAAAUUGAAUAUUCCGUUGGUUCGUGGUGAGUCGCUCAAGUACUUCAGGAGACUUACGGAUCACGUGAUAGAAAAAAGGAAAAAUAAUCCACAUGAUACGGGACGUGUUGAUUUGAUGCAAUUGAUGUUAGAUGCUGAAAUAUCUCCGGAUAAAGUAAAGGAGGGCGCCGAAAAAGGUUUGACAAAAAUCGAAAUCAUUGGUAAUUCUAUGCUGAUGAUAAUGGCUGGAUACCAAAACACUGGAAACCUGAUGAGUUGGACUUCCUUCAAUUUUGCUCGACAUCCGGAAAUACAGGCCAAAGUUCAGGAAGAAAUAGAUGAAAUGAUAAAAACUCAUGGCAAACUGGAUUAUGAUGGUAUAAAUGGCUUGAAGUUUUUGGACAUGUGUAUCAAUGAAACUCUUAGACUUUACACGCCAAUUAUAAGAAAUGCUCGCAUAGCUGAAAGAGAGACAACAAUCAAUGGCCUCACAAUACCAGCAGGAUUGUUGGUUGCCAUACCGGUGUAUGGACUGGCACAUGACCCUGAUUAUUGGGACGAGCCAUUUGCUUAUAAACCGGAAAGAAUGCGCGACAUGAGCCAAAUUGAUCCGAUGAUGUUUCAACCGUUUGGAGCUGGACCGAGAAAUUGCAUUGGCUUGAGAUUUGCACUGAUAGAAGUCAAGAUGGCACUAGCGAAGAUUUUACACCAGUUUACUAUUAAACCUGCCGAGAAUACACCGGAGGCGCCCAUGAAAUUCAAAUUCACCAAUACCCUUGCUCCUGCAGUGAACUUCGAUUUGAAGGUGGAACCAAGAAAUGUGGCAGAGUAAAUGUGAAAAGUGGAAAUGAGAUUGACUUUCGAACUUUGUUUGAUUAUACAUUUUUUUCAAUUAUUACCAAUUCGGUCACUAUGACCACAAUAAGAAAUGACUCCGAAUAUUGAUUACUUUACAACUACUGAUUUUGUGUUUCAUGCAAUGUUAAGCUAUUAAUAAACAAAAAAUAGACUGCAAAAAGCAAAAAUAAAAGUGUAACAAAAUAUAA